CUGUGUAUUCCAGCAGCUAAAGGGUGCAUGGAGCCGGCCUGCCAUUGAAAGAGCGGGAGGGGGUCUCGGGUGGGGGCCUGCUGCUGCUGCUGCUGCUGUGACAUCACGGGCUUGGCUGCUGCUGCGAGGCUCUAGAGCUGAGCACUGGGAGUGGAGCUGCGGCGGGAGCAUCUGCGGCUCUUCUGCACAGCCAAGGAUUCCAUCAUCUGUGACUGUAAAAAAGCAUAGCUCUUGGUCCUACUGCUAACCUUCCAUGCCACACAAGAGGAAUUGAAUAGACAGGAGUUCAGUGGUCUGACACAAAAUGAACCGUGCGUUCAGCAGGAAGAGAGAUAAAUCAUGGAUGCAUACUCCAGAAACAUUGUCAAAGCAUUUUAUUGCGUACAAUGCUAAAUUUCUUGGGCAUACAGAGGUUGAGCAACCCAAGGGUACAGAAAUUGUAAGGGAUGCAGUAAGAAAACUUAAGUUUUCCAGACAUAUUAAGAAAUCAGAAGGCCAGAAAACCCCCAAGGUUGAACUACAGAUUUCAAUCUAUGGUGUGAAAAUUCUAGACUCUAAGACAAAGGAAGUAAUGCACAACUGUCAGUUACACAGGAUAUCAUUUUGCGCUGACGAUAAGACAGACAAGAGGAUAUUUACAUUUAUAUGUAAAGAUUCAGAGUCGAAUAAGCACUUAUGUUAUGUGUUUGAUAGCGAAAAGUGUGCUGAAGAGAUCACAUUAACUAUUGGCCAGGCUUUUGACCUAGCAUACAGGAAGUUUCUGGAGUCAGGAGGAAAAGAUGUUGAAACAAGGAAACAGUUGGCUGGUCUGCAAAAAAGGAUUCAGGAACUAGAGACAGAAAAUACAGAACUGAAAUGUAAAGUACAAGACCUAGAAAACCGGCUUCUAAUAACUGAUGCAUCUUACUCCCCUACAGACAGUUCAACACCCCAGUCACCGUCUACUGAUUUAUUCGAUAUGAUCCCUUUUUCUUCCAUCUCACCUGAGUCACCUACACGGAAUGGAACUCCGCCUCCUCUUACACCUAUCAGAUCAAGUGAGACCAAAAAAGAUCUUUUUGGAGCAGAACCUUUUGAUCCAUUUUGCUGUGCAGCCGGUGACUUUCCUCCGGACAUACAAUCCAGACUGGAUGAGAUGCAGCGUCAGAGAUGGAGGGGUUCAAAAUGGGAUUAACAGUAGAAGGAACAAUUUUUUGUCUGGACUUUGCUGACCAUAGAAGCUGAUACCAUCAAAACAGUACAACCAUCCUUUGUAAUACACCUAUAUUUUAUGUGUUUACUUUUAUGUUUUAUCUUCUGUAUGAGCCAAAAACAUUACAUUCAAUUAACACAAUGAGUCAUUCUGGAAUACAGAAUAUAACAUACUUUUUAGAUCAAUUAUUGUUUAGUGAUGUACCUUUAUCCUAUAUAUAACUAAUAGAAAUUGAAAGCCACCAUUCAAUUCUUAUGUAAGUCUUAGGGGAUUAUUUACUAAACUCCGAAUGCAAAAAUCACGAAAAAUUUGUGACUUUUUUUGUUAAAAAAUCAGAC